AUUUUUUAGGCACAAAAAGUAAUCAGAGUUGUAGCCGAGCUGAAAGUGAAUGAAGAAGCAAAACAGCGAGCAGCAGCAACAGCACAGUAGGCGCAGUGAAAAUCGCCCGGCAGUACGUAGCAAACGCUGAAAAGCAACGCAAGCAGCCACAAAGCGAUUAACGAGUGCUAAAACCGCUAACCCAGAGCACACAAACACACUCAUACAUACUUUCAUACAGACACACACGCACGCUCUCACCGUCGUGAAGAGGAGGUGGUUGAAAACCAAGAAAAAUGCAGCAGCUAAAUUUUAGCCGGGGCCGCCGCGCAACGCGGGCGUUGCUGCUGAUAGCCGCCGCAUGCUGUCUUCUGUCCGUUGCCUCAUCAGCCGGCGCCGCUGAGCCUGAGAUCGAUGACUUCGAUGAUGACGGACUAGUGGAAGAUGUGCAGGAGGAGCCAAUCAAUAUUCCCGGCGAGGAGCUGGUCUAUGAGAGUCCAGUGAUCGAACCCAAGAAAUUUCAUUUUGCUGAUCAUUUCGAUGAUGUUGACGCCUCACGCAAACGCUGGAUCAAGUCACAGGCCAAGAAAGACGAUAUUGCCGAGGAAAUAGCCAAAUACGAUGGCAUCUGGAACUGGGAGUCGCCUCUGCGCAUUGUCUGGCCCAAGGAUAAGGGCCUGGUGCUCAAGUCAAAGGCCAAGCACGCAGCCAUUUCGGCGCCACUUAACAAACCGUUCGACUUCAAAUCGAACAAACCGCUGGUGGUGCAAUAUGAGGUCACAAUGCAGGAGGGUCAAGAGUGUGGUGGCUCGUACAUAAAAUUGCUGUCGUCAGGCAAGGAAACCGAAGAUCUUACCAUGUUCAAUGACAAAACACCCUACACCAUCAUGUUUGGACCGGACAAGUGUGGAAACGAUGUGAAAAUGCACUUCAUAUUCCGUCACGUAAAUCCAAUUAACGGCACCAUAACCGAGAAGCACUGUAACAAACCAAAGAACCGUUUGGAGGAGCCCUUCAAGGACAAGCUGCCACAUUUGUACCAGCUGGUUGUGCGACCGGACAACACCUUUGAGAUACGCGUUGAUCACAAGAUCAUUAACGAGGGCUCUCUUCUGACCGACUUCAAGCCGCCAGUGAAUCCGCCUGCAGAGAUCGACGAUCCCACUGACCAGAAGCCAGCUGAUUGGGAUGAGCGCGAGAAAAUACCUGAUCCUACGGCACAAAAGCCCGAUGAUUGGAAUGACGAUGCAUUGCCACAGAUACCCGAUACCAGCGCCACCAAGCCGAAUGGCUGGUUGGAUGAUGAGCCCGAUAUGAUACCCGAUCCAACUGCUACUAAGCCCGAUGACUGGGACACGGAAAUCGAUGGCGAAUGGGAGGCGCCGCUCGUGGAUAAUCCUGCUUGUGAAAAGGCACCGGGUUGCGGCAAAUGGAAGGCACCACUGAUUCCAAACCCAGAAUACAAGGGCAAAUGGCGCGCACCCAUGAUCGAGAAUCCCAACUACCAGGGCAAAUGGGCGCCACGCAAGAUACCCAAUCCUGAUUUCUUCGAGGAUCUUAUGCCAUUCAAAAUGACGCCAAUUAGCGCUGUUGGCCUGGAGUUGUGGUCCAUGUCCAAUGAAAUACUGUUUGAUAACCUUAUCAUAACGGACGACGUGGAUGUGGCUCGUGAGUUUGCCGCCAGUAGCUUUGACAUCAAGCGUCGCUACAUUGAUCGGGAAUCGGACUCAUUGGUCAACAAGGUAGUUGAGCUAACUAAGGCCUAUCCCACGGCCUGGGCUAUUGGCCUGGUCGUAUUCAUCUCAGUGAUUGUCAUCGGCAUCUACUGUAGAUUUGGCAAAGCUAAGAGUCAGGAUUCGGCGGCCAAUGCUGCGGCUGCUCAGGCUAAAAAGACGGAUGAGCCGCAGCCCGACGAUGAGCAGGAUGGCGCUGCUGAUGAGAACGAGAGCGAAGAGGACGCUGAUGCGGCACCAGCGCUGGCGACUGGUGGCAGCAAGACAGACAUUUCUGCCAGCCCCAAAAAGAUUAAAAAGUCUGAUUUAGAUAAUAAAGAGCAGCUCAACCAGAAAGAUGAAGAGCCCACACAGACUGAGGAAAACACCACGAAAUCUACGCGCAAGCGUACCGUGCGCAAGGAUUAGAGGACGUGGGACAAUCCAAAACGUCUCGGAUUUACAAUAUUUACUUGAAAACUUAAACUAAUUCCAAAAACAAGAACUGCAACCACAGCAAUGGCAGUAACAACAACAACAACAACAAACAACAACAUCAUCAGCAGUAGUAAAAACAACACAGCCUGUUUUAGUUUUAAAUUAGCACUCCACUCAUAUUCAUUGAGAACUCGUACAAACACCCACGAAUACA